AUGUUUGAGAUGCAGACGGCUAAUACUACCCCGACCCUGGCAGCAAGCAUACGCAAGGAGCUCGCCGAGCACGAUUUUGUGUUCAUCAACGGCAGCAUACCAAUCCCUCAGUAUCCAGGGGACGACGAUGCAACGGCUUGCGAAGUCGCCGACCAUCUCAAGUACGGCUACCUGGGAGAGCUCACAGAGGUGGGCCAGUACCAAGACCUGCUCGGCGGACUCAUUGGCGUGGUGCAAAGCCAGGGGCCAUUCCACGGCAUCAUGGGAUUUUCCGAAGGAGGCAUCGUCGCCGCCACCCUUCUUCUCGAGGACGCCCGACGACCAUAUGCCAGUUUCAAGUGCGGCAUUCUCUUCAGCGCAGCACCUCCGCUGGACCCAGACGAGCUCCGGCAGGGCCACAUUCGAAGCUUGGAUCCGGAAAAGGACGGAACCGCACUCCAUAUCCCCACAGCUCACGUCUACUCGCACGAGAUUGGCACGACUGCCCAGCACGUCCAGUCGCCCCUGAGCGGACUCUGGGCCGAACGCGGAUGGAUACUUCCGGAACAUGUGCACGGCUCCCUGGCGCGGCUCUGCGACAAUGCCGAGGUGUUUGUGCAUGAUCGGCGGGACUGUACGGAUACUCCCUGUGCACAUGCCUUUAGCCAAGGCAAGGACCCUUGCUCGCCAACCCGCAGAAUCAACUAUCCGCAGAACACUCCAACCCCUGAUCUUUUGUGGUUAAGGGAAUUUACCCCUGUUACCUAG